AUGACAGGCCUGGAUGCCAAGACGCUGUAUGACAUCUGGUGCUAUGCAGAAGACGACAAUGUCUAUCCGCAGAUUCCGAACGGCCAGAAGUUCACGGCUGGCGAUGUGGUAACCCUCAGCACUCAGGACACAACGCCGCCAGUCCUUACCAUCGUGUCCGCGGAGUCGCCUAUCAGCUCGGACAUCCGCAUCAAGGUCAGGAUGGACGAGCCGGGUACAGUGUACUGCAACUCGUUCCAAGCUGGUACAGCUUAUGGUACGCCAACAUUUGCCUCGGUUUCUGGUGGCGGCUUUCAGUCAUAUGUUGGCUUCCCACUACUUUCGCCGAACAGCCCUAUCAACACCAACGUGGAGGUCGUCGUCUCUGGCUUGAAUGAGUUCACUCUUUACGACACGUACUGUGCAGCAGUCGAUGCGUCAACGCUCCCCACUGUGAAUGAGAUGGUGCAGGCUGACAUUCUGAACACCUUCCCAGCGAUUGGUCAGCUUACAACGCUCGACCAGUCGCCUCCUGUGUUCACAGAGCUUGGUGCCAAGGGCACCACGGAGAACAAUAUUCAGGUGACCUUCAAGUGCAACGAGGCCUGCAGGGCGUACUGCCGGGUGACAAGAAGCGACUCUGGCGAGACAAGCCUCAGCGUGAACCGCAUCCUCAAGGCCGACUACUAUGCCGACCAGUCGGGAAACGCCAUGGCUUCUGCCACGAUCGAUCUGGCGCGGUUGGAGAACGACGUCAGCCUGGAUCUGCUGGACCGCGGUACGCUGUACGAUGUUUUCUGUUGGAGCCGCGACGAGGCCGUUCAGUACUCCUGCUACGCGCAGGCGCCGAGCGCCUCCUGCACAACCUACCGCAGGAACAACUACCAGGACCAGACGUAUGUCGACACCGCCUUUGGAGGCACACCACCAGCAACGGUCACGAAUGGCGCAGGACUUCCAGGAGGGAAGAUUCUGCACGUCAGGACUCCAGACACUACGGCUCCCUCCAUCACUUUCGUUGAAGCUGAGUCGACGGAAGAGUCCUCCAUUACUGUCACACUUCAGCUUGAUGAGCCCGGGACUGCGUACUGCAAGGCCUACACCACCACCCAGACUGUGGACGCAGCGCUCUACACUGCACUCACAACAGCACCCGUCUACAAGAACACUGUCACCAAUUGGAAUAACAUCUACAAAAACUUUGACAUCAAGGUCUCUGGCCUCACCAUGGAAACCAAGUAUUUCGUUUACUGUGCAGCUGAAGACGACGAGCUCGUGGAGGGUGCCACCACUAUCGACCCUGCGCCAACCUCGAACAACGAAGCCUUGCCUGUGCUCAUGGAAGCUUCAGGCCGCUUCACUCUGGAUCUCACUCCGCCGAUCAUUACUGUCGUCUCCAUUGCUUCCAACAGCGAAACGACGGCGACUGUCACGCUGCAGCUGGAUGAGCCAGGCACAGCUUGGUGUACUGCAGUCCGCGACCAGUUCACGCCCCCAAGCAUCAACCAGAUCAUCGCCGCAAGCUUCUCCUCGACGGUCCUCACAGCGGCCACGGACUUCACCGUCCAGGUCCAGAAUCUCAUCCGCGACACCGAGUAUGACGUGUACUGCCACGCUCGGGAUCGCGGCACCGAGACUGACGUGGGCCUUUCUGCAGGCAAUCCGGGCAACGACGUGGAUUCGGCGCAUGUGCUUACAACCAAGCGUGACAUUCACACCAUGGGCGACUCCACGCCACCGUCGGUGGUGUCGGUGUCUCCUGCCCACCAGCAGAGCGGGGUCAUCAGCAAGCCUACCUUCACGAUUGUCUUCGACGAGGACAUUCAGGCUGGCAGCGGAAAUGUGGUCUUUACUCCACAGACCGGGAGUCCCAUCUCCAUUGACAUUACCAAUGUCAACAGUGGAACGUGUGCACCAGCGAAGCUCAGCAUCGUGCUCACAACCUUCACAGCGGAUUGGUCCUCCUGUGGCGCAUCGAGCCCGCUGUCUACGUCAAUGAACUGGUAUGUGUCCUUCGUGGCAGGUGUCCUCACGGACAGCUCCAGCCCUGCUUUUGGCAAGUUGUCGUGUCAGCAUCACAAAUGCCAGCCCAAAGCCACGACGCCAUUGUUGUGA